AUUAUCGGUGAUCAAUUUUGAAUUGCAAUUUGGACCAUCUGCGAGGAUCUGCGCCGUCAUGUUUGAAAUGAGCGACGGCAACGUGCGUAUGGCCAAGGUGCACGGCUAGUCUGUAUUUCCCCUAAUCCAUCACCUUUAUCAUCUUCUAUCAUUUAUCAUGGCUUUGCAUAGCUCUUCUUUUCAGGAGAACAGACCUGCGGGCGUUCCUGAGGCUGCGCCUCGCUUAAGUGGAAUCACAAAGCAAAACUUAAGCGACCAACCCGUGCACGAGUAUGACGAAUACAAAGCUCGCCAAGGAAGCCGAAGUAAGCCAAGCAUAUCUCUGGAGUCAUCUGUUGAUGGUGCGGCACUCUCCAGAACUAAUGAAUAUGCAUCCCUGCCAUCACGGAGGCCUAAGAGCUCUUCAGCCGACGCAUUCAUGUACAUGUCCGAUAACCCGUUCGCCGACGCUGCGCCUUCGGGGAACACCCCUAGUUUCGCUACGCGAGAAGAUCCGAUGCACGAUAUCAUGAGAUACUCGCAUAUUGUCACUGCAGAACAUAAGCCCAGAGUCGCCUGUGUGUCAGGUAUCAACGGAGCAUGGCCAGAGAGAGCUGAGAUAGUAAACCCAAGUCGAGGUUUUCCCGGGCCUACCAUUCCUCGUGGUACAUUUUCACAGGCAAAGGCUUUCUUUCUGAAGUUGAGUGCCAGCGGGGGUUAUUUACAAGUGAGCAUCCUGAUAUGGCUGCAGGCUCAGCUGACUUGAAAGCAGGGUGCUAUCUCACAGCGAACGCGAAGUCAAGAUAACCCUAUCAAAGACAAGGACUCAAUAGAUCAUCAGGUUAAAGUUGACGUACCUCGUGCUCGAAGUGUGAACGCAGGGAUUAUGUGCGACCCAAGCAGUUGGUAACUCCUGUACAUAUUGCAUGGCUUGAACCUUCGAGCUUCAGCAGAAAUCAGCAGACUACUGCCCUUCUCUCGAGCUCGUGCUUGUUACUGUAAUUGAGAAUUUCCACCUGGAAAUAGUGGGCAAAAACGAUAUCUUUUUAC